CGUAGGUUAGAUAGGAAGCCGCGACUGUGUUAUGGGAUGUGAUCAGUUUACGAUUUCGAAGAUUUUCAAAAUUGCUCGAUUUGAGUGACAGUGAGGGAAGGCGAAUGUCAAACGGGUUUUCGUAACACGUGUUGUCGUCCCUAAUAGGAGAAUCAUGAACGGGCGAGGCGGCGUCCCUAAGGGUAGCCAAAUUCUGUCCGGUUUGGCCGAAAAUGUGGGGUUAGAAACCGAUCAUUUGAACUUCUUGGUGAGCCAAUUCGCUGCUCUGCUGCUGUCUACAUUGUACAGGACCGUUUUGCAUCCGAAAAGGGCCAGUACUCAAGUUAGACAUGCCUUCGGCUUGAUCGUGGGGUUGUGUUUAGGGUACUUUUGUUUCGGUUUUCAAGCCGUACAUUUGGCUGGUCUACCUACAUUAUGUUAUGUGGUGAUGGUAACUCAAAAUCCUCAUAUUAUGCAUGGUAUGGUGCUAACAGUGGCCUUACUUUACCUUUCCUGCAUCCACAUACAUCGGAUAAUUUAUGAUUACGGCUCUUGUGGUUUGGACAUUAGCGGUCCGCUAAUGGUCAUCACACAAAAAGUGUCUUCCUUAACAUUUAGUCUUCAUGACGGUCUUACCAAAGCGCAAGAUGACAUGACGAAUAACCAACAAUAUCAUGCAAUAUACAAAACUCCAAACGUAUUGGAGUAUUUCAGUUAUUGUCUGAUGUUUCCAUCGGUAAUGGCCGGCCCCUUAAUUUUUUAUAACGACUAUAUAGAUUUUAUAGAAGGGAAUUCGUACAUAAAAAUUCCACAUGGAUCACAAUCACAGGAGGUCGUAAACGAACCGAAUCCAAUCAAAGCAGUCAUCAAAAAAGUGAUAAUAGCGCUGUUCUGCGCGUUUAUUUUCAUCAAGUUUCUUCCAAGAUUUCCCAUCAGCCGGGUCAAAGAGCAGAAUUUCGUCGAAAACACCAGUAUGGGAUAUAAAUUUUGGUACCUUACCGUCAGUACAACAUUAGUGAGAUUUAAGUAUUAUUUCGCGUGGACAAUGGCGGACGCCAUUUGCAACAAUAGCGGUUUAGGUUUCUCUGGAUACGCCGAAGAGGAAUCCGAACAAUGGAACAAAGUUUCCAACGUGGAUAUUUUGCAAUUUGAAUUCGCGACGAGUCUAAAGCAAGCUAUAGAAGCUUGGAACAAAGGGACGAACGCCUGGCUGAGGAUGAUCGUCUACGAAAGAGUGAUCGGCUAUCCGACGGUCGCCACGUAUUUACUCUCUGCUUUGUGGCACGGGUUUUAUCCCGGCUAUUAUUUAACAUUCCUGAGCGGCGCCCUUUUCACGUUCGCAUCUCGGCAAGUGCGAAGGCACGUUAGGAACUACUUCAUGGAAAGCAGAGAAGCGAAACUUUUGUACGAUCUGAUCACGUUCGCCGUUACGCACUUCGUUUUAGCUUACAUUACGUUUCCGUUUGUUUCAUUGGAAUUCUAUUCGUCUAUCGUGUUAUACAACAAAAUGUUUUGGUGUCUUCACAUCGGCGCCGCCGUCGCUUUAAUAUUCGUACCUAAAUUUGUGCCUAGAAUGGAAACUCGAGAUUUGACUUCCAAAGGAGGAAUCGCUCAAGCUCUGAGACAGGCGGGACCAUAUUCCCAAAAUGACUGAUAUUCUAAGUAGUUUUUAAUAAAUUCGAAAAUUUUAUAUACCUGUAUUUCAAGAAAGAACGUGUCGCAAAAGAGCUGAGAGUUGUUAAUAUUGCAAAUACAAAUAAGAAUCUUCCAAGUUAUUUUUUAACUUUUAUUCAAUUUCUACACCGAACAGUGUUUUAUUUAAGACGUGUUCGCUGCAAAUACUGCCUCAUAAAGACAAGACGUUAGCAUGGUGAUUUUGCCGAUCAGUGCCUUUAUUUUAAUAAAAUAUUCAAAAAUUACGAUUACUGCAUUAAAUUGAUGUAAGCGUUGUUAAAUAUGUUUAUUAACUUGACUACACCAUUCAACAAGGACCAUUGUUAAUAUCUACAUAUCUUACACAUUAUCUACCCUAAAUUAAAUGAGGUAUAUUGCUAUAUACGAGUAUGUCAUUAGGCCGUAUUUAUAAAAAAAUUAUAAAACCUUUUGCUUCAAAAAAUGAAUGAACUGCUUCAAGGUAUAUCCAUAAAAAGAAGAGAAGGAAGAGAGAUUCUGCUUCGAGGACCCAGCUGUUGCUAUAAUGCAAAAGUUUUAUGGUUUUAAAACCUUUGUUUAAGGUUUUUUCCUCGGUUUUUUUCUCUUAUAUUUUCCCUCUACCUUUUACUUCAAAGUAAAUGCUUAAUUUUUAUAAAUAUGGACUAUUCGUGUUUAAACUAUGCUAUUGAUAAAUAUUUUUCACUCCUUAAAGUAAGCCUCUUUUAUAGGCGGAGGUAGCUAUUGAUAAUGUACAUCAGGAGUUCUUAUAACGUGCUUCCUAAAUGCGUGUAAAUAGAUGCCGGGAUGUUUAAUUUUUGAACAAAAAAAAUAGAUAUUUUUUAUAAUUUAUUUUAAAACCCUUCCCUAUUUGGCUGCUACGAAAGAAUACUUUUAUCAUAAUUUUUGGUAAUGUGUUGAAGAAUUUCGUAUUAGUAACCAAAACCUUAUAAAAUAUCCAAUGUAGUGAGUUGUCUUAAUAAAAUAUUUUUUAAUGUUUUUUAUUAACUCCAAUUUUAUGAAAACCACACGAAAUUGAUUAAUUCUAAUUAAAUGUUUUUGUAUGAAAAAUUAAUCAAAUAUAACUAAAAAAGUAGGGGUUACAAACAAAAAUAUAAUCUAUGAAAAGCUUUGUGUUGUGUAUCCCUGAUCAAAAUUUUAUAAAUAUCUCAAUGUUGAUAUAUUAAAUACCCAAUUAGAAUAAAUCUCUUUUAAAGAAUUUUGUCAAGUUUUGAAGAUUGACUAACAUUUUCUACACGCUAUUUACACAUUCUUAAAAAAUUACGAAAAAAGCUACCGAACAAAAACAAAUUACAAAUACAUCAAAAUUGUCAGCUCGAACAAUUGAUAAUAUUGAUUGAAAUCAACACGUCGCGUUCUUUUUUGAAAUAUCACAAGCAUUUUACGCGUGUAAUGUAAACCAACUGAGUAAACAGAACUGAUUUUUCUAUACAUGUUAUAUGAAAGUAAAGAUAUUUGGCAUUUCCGAGUUUUGUUUUAUAUGUUGAAUGUUGCGCUCCCAAUAUUCAUUCGAAAAAAAACUUGUUUUAUUUUUUGUUACGAAAUAUGUGUUACAAUAAUUAAAUGUUUGUUUUAA